AUGUCUCUUGCCCACGACCGAAGAGGACAUGUGGUCCUCUGCCACACAUGGGUCCUGGCGAUAUGCUUAUUGCUCCUCAUCCAGCAAACCUCGUCCCAGCUGGUUGGCUGCGACGUCCUUGACUGCAAUGGCGGGGCCAACAACGAAUGUACGCUUGGCAACACCACAAGUUCGUUCAUCGGCACAGCCUCAUUCAACACCAGUCUGUCACCAAGCAAUGCGCCGCUCACCUGGACCGUCGGGGCCUCGUCGUCCAACUCGAACGACAUCACGUUCACGAAGAACUUCUACCUCGGCUACCCUCCGUCGAUGAACCUGGCGAACCCCAGUGGAUUUGCAGGCUGUGCAUUGUUCUUCGAAGGGAUUGCAAGGAGUCUACCGCUCAAUAGCGUCACGGAAUAUGGACCGGUCACAUGCGGCCAGACGCUGCAGGAUGCUUGCGUGAAUGAUCUCCUGUCUCAAGCCAAGAUGCAGGUGCAGACGCUUGGUUCCACAACCAAUCUCGAUAAUCACUCGGUGUGCACUGCUUUACAGACCACCAUGGAGGCAAACCCUCCGCAGUCGUGUCAAACGAUAGCAACGGUCACAUGGGGAACUAUCGUGCCCAAAGAGAUCACCGGUCCUCAAUCCCCGGUUGACGCCCCAAUCGCCCAAACGACCUGCCACCCGUCUUCCAGCGUGUCGAGCGGCACAAAAUACAAUAUCGCCCUGAUCGAAACUCAAACAGUCACCUCGGAAGAUGUGUCAAGUGACAUUGCGCCAUUCUUCUACAGCAUCACGCCCGUGCUGACCGUUUUCUACAACCCGUCUGCUCCUUCGAACGCUCAGGGCAAGGUCUUGCCGGAAGCCCAUCUGACAUGUGUCAAGGUGGUCGAGGACUCGACUUUGGUGCAGCAGAGCAACGGCGCAGGCAUGAUGGGUCUACCAAGGUCCAUGAUGAUCGCCUUGGCCUUGGGCUUGAGUAUCCUCGCCGUGGUUUAA